AGUCCUGGCGGCUCUGAGCUGCGGCUGCCGGUGCAGCGGGGGUCGGCGGACACGUGCUGGGCAGCCCGCAUCCAGGCCAGGAGGUGUGGCAGCGCAGCAGCUGCCCCGGCCAGCGUCCCUUCAGCUGGCCCAGCACCUGCCUGGAGCCAGGGGCCCGGCAGGUGGGGUCCCCGGGAGCCAAGCGUCUGGCCGGCAGUUGCAGCCUGAAGAGCCAGAUGCAGAAACCGCGGAGGACCAGUCUGUGACGGAAGGGUCUGUGGAUGAGAUCAUUCGGCCCCGGCCACAGGGGUCCUCGCCCGUCUACGAGUACGUGACUGAGGGCGCCGGCUUCGGACUCCCGGAAGACACGCCAAGGAGGCGGAGGUCCUGGUGGAAGCGGGAUUCGGGGGACUCGCAGACGCUUUCCAGGAUGAGCCGUCUGGAGUCCACGCAGGAGGCGACGGAGGGGACACUGAAGACCAAGGUGGAGGCCGGAGCCAGUGGCUACAUUGUCACGGGCGGCGGGGACCAGGGGAUCUUUGUCAAGCAGGUGCUGAAGGAGUCCUCAGCUGCCAAGCUCUUCAGCCUGAGAGAAGGGGAUCAGCUGCUCAGCACAACCAUAUUCUUUGACGACAUUAAAUACGAAGAUGCUCUCAAAAUCCUCCAGUACUCGGAGCCGUACAAGGUUCAGUUCACAGUCAGGCGGCAGCUUCCCGCCCGGGAGGACGAGGAGGGAGCUUCCGGCGGCGCUCCGCGUGGCUCGAGGGGCAGCAAGAAGCAGGACCAGGAUAUCGCCGAAGGGCGCACGGAGACCCCCACGGAGACGCUGCAGGAGGAUGGAGACCAGGAGAGGCUCAUCUCCAAGCCCAGGGAGGGCAGAGGCAGGCAGCCCCAGAGGGAGCGGCUCUCCUGGCCCAAAUUCCAAGCUCUGAAGAGCAAGCGUGGGCCAGGGCCCCGGAGGUCGCACAGCUCCUCGGAGGCCAGCGAGCGAGGGGACGUGCCUGACCUGUCCCCCACGAGCACAGACACGGAGGCCCAGCUCCCGGAAGCAGGGCCAGGCAGGCAGCGGAAGAAAAGCUUCCCGAACCUGAGAUUCCGGGUGGGCUCAGGGAAGGGGCUGUCGGGCAGGGGAGCCUACGGGGGGACAGUCCAGGCUGGGGUCCUGGUGGAGACAGGGCCCCGGGAUUCCGGGCGAGAGGCCUCCAGGGCUGCCGCCCAUGGCGGGAGAGAGGACAGGACGGCAGGGGUGCCAGAGGCCGCCGAGCCCCCCACGGAGCCCGGCCUCCCCACUGAGGGAGCCCCCGGGGAAGGGGCCGGCCCAGCACCCAGACCCCGAAGAAAGACAAAAGAGGCCAAGGACAGGGGGGAGACACUGCCCCAGGGAACAGCCGGGCUGGGCCCAGCGCCAGGACAGAGCAGGGAGGGGGCCGGGGAAGGCACGCAGGCGCUGGAGCUCGGCAUUGCCAGGCUGUCUCUGCAAGACUCAGCAGACCAAGGCACCCACCAAAACCACCAACCAGAAUUCCAUGUCCGCAUACCCACUUUAAAGACACCCAAGUUUGGACUUUACAAAGAAAAAGUGCUCGAGAAAGAAGGAGCCGCGACAGCUCUCCAGCAGGGACCACGGCAGAGAAGGGUCUCUGCUGAGGGCACGGAGGCCAAGGGGGAGGAUGCAGGGGAAGCAGAAAAGCACAGGCCUAGACAACCCCCAGUCCAUCCGCCAGCGCAAGAGGGAGGAGCAACGGAGGAAGAUGCAACCCAGAAGAGAGACGAGGACAGCAAGGGCGGGGGCCCGCACACGGACGAAAAGGAGGGGAAGAUGAAAAUGCUAAGGUUCAAGCUGCCCUCCUUUGGGUGGUCGCCAGCGAAGGAGGCAAAAGGAGACAAAGCGACACAACUCCAGGAAACAGAGAAGGAAAAGGAGAGCAACAUCACAGUAGAAACGUUAGAGACGGACGUGAAAGGCCAAGGUGGACUAGAGCGAGACAGCAAGUUCCAAAUGCCCAAGUUCAAGAUGCCAUCCUUCGGGGUGUCAGCGCCCAGCAAGUCUGUCCAGGCCGCCAUGGAGGUGUCUGUGCCCAAGGCCCAGGCCGAAGUGACUCUGCCCUCGGUGCAGGCCGACGUCAAGACCAGUGACAUCAGCAUCGAGCUGCCCUCCACCGAGCUGGAUGUCAAGGCUGCCGAGGUGGGCGUGAAACUCCCAGAGGGCCACCUUCCCGAAGCAGAGAUCAAGGAAGCAGUGGCGGGAAUCGGACUCAAGGGCCACCUGCCCAAGGUGCAGAUGCCCAGCAUCAAGGUGCCCAAGGUGGACAUCAAGGGCCCCCAGGUGGACAUCAAGGGGCCCAAACUGGACCUGAAGGAGGCCAAGGGUGAGGUGACGGUCCCUGACGUGGAGGUGUCGCUGCCCAGCGUGGAGAUGGACACCAAGGCCGCGGGCAUCAUGCUGGCGGGUGAUGUGUCCCUUGGGGACAAGGAGGUGGCCGCCAGAGACAGCAAGUUCAAAAUGCCCAAGUUCAAGAUGCCAUCCGUUGGGGUGUCAGCGCCCAGCAAGUCUGUCAAGGCCACCGUGGAGGUGUCCGUGCCCAAGGCCCAGGCCAAGGUGACCCGGCCCUCGGUGCAGGCCGACGUCAAGACCAGUGACCUCAGCAUCGAGCUGCCCUCCUCCAAGCUGGAGGUCAAGGCCGCCGAGGUGGGCCUGAAGCUCCCGGAGGGCCACCUUCCAGAAGCGGAGUCCACAGAAGCGGCAGCUGAAAUUGGACUCAAGGGCCACCUGUCCAAGGUGCAGAUGCCCAGCAUCAAGGUGCCCAAGGUGGACCGCAAGGGGCCCAAACUGGACCUGAAGGAUGCCAAGGGCGAGGUGAUGACCCCCGACAUGGAGGUGUCGCUGCCCAGCGUGGAGGUGGACACACAGGUCGCGGACAGCAAGCUGGCGGGCGAUGUGUCCCUUGGGGACAAGGAGGUGGCCGCCAGAGAUAGCAAGUUCAAAAUGCCCAAGUUCAAGAUGCCGUCCUUCGGGGUGUCAGCGCCCAGCAGGUCCGUCCAGGCCGCCAUGGAGGUGUCCGUGCCCAAGGCCCAGGCCGAGGUGACCCGGCCCUCCGUGCAGGCCGACGUCAAGACCAGUGACCUUAGCAUCGAGCUGCCCUCCACCGAGCUGUAUGUCAAGGCUGCCGAGGUGGGCGUGAAACUCCCAGAGGGCCACCUUCCCGAAGCAGAGAUCAAGGAAGCAGUGGCGGGAAUCGGACUCAAGGGCCACCUGCCCAAGGUGCAGAUGCCCAGCAUCAAGGUGCCCAAGGUGGACAUCAAGGGCCCCCAGGUGGACAUCAAGGGGCCCAAACUGGACCUGAAGGACGCCAAAGGCGAGGUGACGACCCCCGACAUGCAGGUGUCGCUGCCUAGCGUGGAGGUGGACACCCAGGCCGCGGGCAUCAUGCUGGCAGGCGAUGUGUCCCUUGGGGACAAGGAGGUGGCCACCAGAGACAGCAAGUUCAAAAUGCCCAAGUUCAAGAUGCCGUCUUUCGGGGUGUCAGCUCCCAGCAAGUCCGUCCAGGCCGCCAUGGAGGUGUCCGUGCCCAAGGCCCAGGCCAAAGUGACUCUGCCCUCAGUGCAGGCCGACGUCAAGACCAGUGACCUUAGCAUCGAGCUGCCCUCCACCGAGCUGGAUGUCAAGGCUGCCGAGGUGGGCGUGAAAUUCCCAGAGGGCCACCUUCCCGAAGCAGAGAUCAAGGAAGCAGUGGCGGGAAUCGGACUCAAGGGCCACCUGCCCAAGGUGCAGAUGCCCAGCAUCAAGGUGCCCAAGGUGGACAUCAAGGGCCCCCAGGUGGACAUCAAGGGGCCCAAACUGGACCUGAAGGAGGCCAAGGGUGAGGUGACGGUCCCUGACGUGGAGGUGUCGCUGCCCAGCGUGGAGAUGGACACCAAGGCCGCGGGCAUCGUGCUGGCGGGUGAUGUGUCCCUUGGGGACAAGGAGGUGGCCGCCAGAGACAGCAAGUUCAAAAUGCCCAAGUUCAAGAUGCCAUCCGUUGGGGUGUCAGCGCCCAGCAAGUCUGUCAAGGCCACCGUGGAGGUGUCCGUGCCCAAGGCCCAGGCCAAGGUGACCCGGCCCUCCGUGCAGGCCGACGUCAAGACCAGUGACCUCAGCAUCGAGCUGCCCUCCACCGAGCUGUAUGUCAAGGCUGCCGAGGUGGGCCUGAAACUCCCGGAGGGCCACCUUCCCGAAGCAGAGAUCAAGGAAGCAGUGGCGGGAAUCGGACUCAAGGGCCACCUGCCGAAGGUGCAGAUGCCCAGCAUCAAGGUGCCCAAGGUGGACAUCAAGGGCCCCCAGGUGGACAUCAAGGGGCCCCAACUAGACCUGAAGGACGCCAAAGGCGAGGUGACGACCCCCGACAUGGAUGUGUUGCUGCCCAGCGUGGAGGUGGACACCAAGGCCGCGGACAUCAUGCUGGCGGGCGAUGUGUCCCUUGGGGACAAGGAGGUGGCCGCCAGAGACAGCAAGUUCAAAAUGCCCAAGUUCAAGAUGCCGUCCUUUGGGGUGUCAGCGCCCAGCAAGUCCGUCCAGGCCGCCAUGGAGGUGUCCGUGCCCAAGGCCCAGGCCGAAGUGACCCUGCCCUCGGUGCAGGCCGACGUCAAGACCAGUGUCCUUAGCAUCGAGCAGCCCUCCACCGAGCUGGAUGUCAAGACUGCCGAGGUGGGCGUGAAACUCCCGGAGGGCCAACUUCCCGAAGUGGAGCCCAAGGAAGCAGUGGCGGGAAUCGGACUCAAGGGCCACCUGCCCAAGGUGCAGAUGCCCAGCAUCAAGGUGCCCAAAGUGGACAUCAAGGGCCCCCAGGUGGACAUCAAGGGGCCUAAACUGGAAUUGCAGGACGCCAAGGGCGAGGUGACGACCCCCGAUGUGGAGGUGUCACUCCCCAGCGUGGAGGUGGACAGCCAGGUCGCGGACAGCAAGCUGGCGGGCGAAGUGUCCCUUGGGGACAAGGAGGUGGCCGCCAGAGACAGCAAGUUCAAAAUGCCCAAGUUCAAGAUGCCAUCCUUCGGGGUGUCAGCGCCCAGCAAGUCCGUCGAAGCCUCCUUGGAGGUGUCUGGGCUCAAGACUCAGGCCGAGGUGACCCUGCCCUCGGUGCAGGCCGACGUCAAGACCAGUGACCUCAGCAUCGAGCUGCCUUCCGCCGAGCUGGAUGUCAAGGCCGCCGAGGUGGGCGUGAAGCUCCCGGAGGGCCACCUUCCCGAAGCGGAGCCCAAGGAAGCGGCAGCGGGAAUCGGACUCAAGGGCCACCUGCCCAAGGUGCAGAUGCCCAGCAUCAAGGUGCCCGAGGUGGACAUCAAGGGGCCCAAACUGGACCUGAAGGAGGCCAAGGGUGAGGUGACGGUCCCUGACGUGGAGGUGUCGCUGCCCAGCGUGGAGGUGGACACCAAGGCCGCGGGCAUCGUGCUGGCGGGCGAUGUGUCCCUUGGGGACAAGGAGGUGGCCGCCAGAGACAGCAAGUUCAAAAUGCCCAAGUUCAAGAUGCCAUCCGUUGGGGUGUCAGCGCCCAGCAAGUCUGUCAAGGCCACCGUGGAGGUGUCCGUGCCCAAGGCCCAGGCCGAAGUGACCCGGCCCUCGGUGCAGGCCGACGUCAAGACCAGUGACCUCAGCAUCGAGCUGCCCUCCUCCAAGCUGGAGGUCAAGGCCGCCGAGGUGGGCCUGAAGCUCCCGGAGGGCCACCUUCCCGAAGUGGAGCCCACGGAAGCGGCAGCUGUAAUUGGACUCAAGGGCCACCUGUCCAAGGUGCAGAUGCCCAGCAUCAAGGUGCCCAAGGUGGACAUCAAGGCCCCCCAGGUGGACAUCAAGGCCCCCCAGGUGGACAUCAAGGGGCCCAAACUGGACCUGAAGGACGCCAAAGGCGAGGUGACGACCCCUGACAUGCAGGUGUCGCUGCCUAGCGUGGAGGUGGACACCCAGGCCGCGGGCAUCAUGCUGGCAGGCGAUGUGUCCCUUGGGGACAAGGAGGUGGCCGCCAGAGAUAGCAAGUUCAAAAUGCCCAAGUUCAAGAUGCCGUCCUUCGGGGUGUCAGCGCCCAGCAGGUCCGUCCAGGCCGCCAUGGAGGUGUCCGUGCCCAAGGCCCAGGCCGAGGUGACCCGGCCCUCCGUGCAGGCCGACGUCAAGACCAGUGACCUUAGCAUCGAGCUGCCCUCCACCGAGCUGUAUGUCAAGGCUGCCGAGGUGGGCGUGAAACUCCCAGAGGGCCACCUUCCCGAAGCAGAGAUCAAGGAAGCAGUGGCGGGAAUCGGACUCAAGGGCCACCUGCCCAAGGUGCAGAUGCCCAGCAUCAAGGUGCCCAAGGUGGACAUCAAGGGGCCCAAACUGGACCGGCAGGACGCCAAGGGCGAGGUGAUUACCCCCAACGUGGAGGUGUUACUGCCCAGCGUGGAGGUGGACACCCAGGCUGCGGGAACCAAGCUGGAGAGUGACGUGUCCUUUGGGGACAAGGAGGUGGCCGCCAGAGACAGCAAGUUCAAAAUGCCCAAGUUCAAGAUACCGUCCUUUGGGGUGUCGGCUCCCAGCAAGUCCGUCGAAGCCGCCUUGGAAGAGUCCGUACCCAAUGUCCAGGCCCAGGUGACCCUGUCCUCGGUGCAGGCCGACGUGAAGACCAGUGCCCUCAGCAUCGAGCUGCCCUCCACCGAGCUGGAGGUCAAGGGUGCCAACGUGGGCGUGAAGCUCCCAGAGGGCCACCUUCUCAGAGCAGAGCCCAGGGAAGUGGCGCUGGGAAUUGCGCUCAAAGGCCACCUGCCCAAAUUGGAGAAGCCCAGCAUCAAGGUGCCCAAGGUGGACAUUGAGGGGCCCAAACUGGACCUGAAGGACGCCAAGGGUGAGGUACUCACAAAAUACCAGGUGACUCUCCCUGGAGCUGCUGUCUCCCCGGGGCUCCCUCUGGAAGCGGCCCCUUGUUCCCAGAACCAUGCCUAUCUUCCCAGCGCAGAAAGUUCUGCCAGUCUUCCAACCCAGGAGAGAGUUGCAGCAUCCCAGACUGACAGUCCCGCAGGCCCUGUGGACCCCAUGUUUCUUGCGUCAUAUGGUCGGGUGAGUUUUCGUAAGUUUCAUCCACCAAAGUUCGGGUUUUCUGUCCCAGAAGCAGCCGAUGCAGAGGUGGAGGCCGGUGCCGGGGGUUGUGCCCCCUCUCUGUCCACUACUGGCCCUGCCCGGGGCCUGGACUCCACAGCUGUGCCGCGCAGCGCGUGGCCGUCGGCAGUGGCUGCAGGUGAGAGCCCAGCUAAAGAUACUGAACGUGGAGGGAAAGAUAGUCCCUUAAAAAUGCCGUGGAUCAAGCUUCCGUCAUUCAGCUGGUCCCCAGAGAAGGGGGCGGUGCCCCCAGAGGACCCUGAAUGCAGCCUGGACGACGCAGAGAUCGGCGUGGCUGUGGACACGGGUCACAAGGGCGUGCCCCCUGGGUGUCCUGUGUCUGCAGUGGAGGUGGCUGUGGACGCGCUUCCGGAGAAGGACGGAGAGGAGAGUGGCGUGGGGUCGCCUGGCUGCGCUGUGCUGGAACACGCACCUCUCACAGGGCUCACUCCAGAGGGCGGGCCCGGCCUGCCACGCGGAGACCCCGCUGCUCCACGCUCUAGGCCCCCGGCAGGGGGUGGCGCCCCAGAAGGCGCGGACGUGGACCCCCAUCUGCCACAGGCCCACGCUCCCCUUUUGGACUUGGCCAGACCCGACCUCAGACCCAGCAAGGCCAAGGUGUGGGGGAGCUCGUCAGCUGCUGGCCCUCCAUCUCCGGGACACAGCAGCCAAGGGCACGGGCUCCGGGACGGCCCGGCAAGCCAGCCUCUCGGCGAGGCGACGGCCCCCUCGGUAGGAGACCCCCAGCAGCCGUCCUGCAGCCCAGCAGAUGUGGACGCUCCCGCGGUGGAGAGCACGGCCUCGCAGGGGGGCUGGUUCAGGAUGCCCGCGCUCCGCCUGCCCAGCCUCCGGCGCCCCGCCAAGGAGAGGGGGGCGGCUGGGGCUCGGGGGGCGCCAGUGCCCGCGCCUGCUGCCAGCACACUGAGGGAAGGAGAAAGCCCAGCUCCAGUCAGGGGUCAGGGGGUUCCUGGGUCAGAGGUGGAAGAAGCUAUGUCCCUGCAGCCCCCAGAGGCAGGGGCAGACGAGGCAGCAGCGGAGCUCGCGUCCCACGCAGACGCAGACGUCCUAAAGAGAGGUCCUGAGGACAAACGCUCAGAGCUGCACCUCUCUCCUGCAGGGGCACCUGCUGCAGGCCUUUCCCCUUCCGAGGCCAGGGUCCGUCCAGGCGAAGGCUCCCUCCCUCUUCAGAUGCCUAGCGGCAGGCUUUCAGGAACCCAGGCCCCUCCUGCUGGGCCUGCAGGACCGGGCCUUGCUGCGGGGCAGGGGCGGGCAGAGGAAUGGCCCUCCCAGCCUGAAGGCCCCAUUAAACUGAAGGCGUCCAGGACCGAUGGGCCGUCCCAGGUUUCUGUCGUUAACAUGGGUCAGCCCUGGGAAGGCUCCGUGGUAACUGUCAGACUGCCCAGGUUAAGUGUGCCAAGGUUCGCCUUUCCUGACCCCAGCUCCGAGGCCGAUGUCUUUAUCCCCGCCGUGACAGAAGUGCAGUGCCCGGGGAGCAGCCUUGCCCACGCCCUGCACGAGGGAAGCCCGGGAGUCUGGGGCGCCAGCAUCCUGAAGGCAGGUGCUGGGACCCCCGGGGGGCAGCCUGUGGCCCUUGGCUUCUCCCCGGAAGCUUCCCCCAUUUCCGAGGUCAGAGUGCACGUUCAGCGUGCGCAGGGAGAGGGCCCCGAGGUCGCCGUCCACAGCAGGGCGACGGCAGAGUUGGCUGACCUCUCGGGACCCGAGGCUAUUUCCACCCAGGUCGUGCGGCAACUGGAGAUCCCCGCGUCUGAGAUCCAAACGGCUUCUUACGGAUUCUCGUUGCUGAAGGUGAAGAUGCCGGAGCCCCGCACGCGGGUGAGUGUCCGAGACUCCCGGCUGAGGGACGGGCUGCAGGAGGCUUCCCAGCAAGCCGCCCCGGGAGCAGAGCCCGCCUCUGGAGGUCCGCACCCGGACACCGCAGGACCGUCUGAAGUGAUCUCGCCCAGUGUCAAUGUGCCUGGACAGCCAAUGUUCACGCCCAAGGUGCACUCUGGCCGCCAGGGUGCCGACAGCUGCUCCGACAGGGACGAGGGUGCAGAGGUUCUUGCAUUUCCCCCUAAAGAAGCCGGCGGGGAGGCAGCUAGCUCCCCGGCAGAGGAAGGCUCGGCUCCAGGACAGAAACCAGGAGGUAGAAGGUCUGGUCUGUUCAGGUUCUGGCUUCCGAACAUUGGCUUUUCUUCCUCUGCGGAAGAGCCAUGCGCUGAUUCCAAAGGCGAGGCCCGCACGGCGGCUGCCCUCCAGACACAGCCUGGGGCACGGCCCGAGGCAGAGCUCCCUAGGAAGCCCCAGAGGGCAGGCUGGUUGCGAUUCCCCACAUUAGGGCUCUCCUCCUCUCCCACCAAGAAAAGCGAAAGCUCUGAAGACGAGGCAGGUCUGGCAGAGCAAAACGCCCAAGAACAAGCGGUCACGUUCUUUGAUGCCCCAGAAAGCUUCUCUCCAGAGGGCGAGGGGGCCGGGGGGCCGGCGGAGACUGCGGGCGCCAGAGCGAUGGCCACGUCCACGGCAAGGACGGGGCUGGUCCUGCUGGAGCAGGACCCAGAGGGCGGGAGGCACCUGCACCCGGGCCCACCACAGAGUGAGGACAGACGGACAGACGAAAGGAGGCCCAGCGAAGCUCCCACCGUGAGGACGCGCGUGUCCACCUUGAUUCACAGCACCGAGAGUGAAGCAGAGGUGCCCGAGAGCGGCGGGGCCCCGCCCUCACACAGCCCUCCCGAAGUGGGACCCCAAACACGCCGGCCUCCCACAGCCUCAGCAGCAGAGGCGGCACCCGGACGCCCCACGAGACCCCAGCCCCACCCGGGGUCCUGUGCCCCUGACGGUCUUUGUUAGACACACGUUACUCGAGAUCCCUGCCCACCAGGCCCUCGAGAACACAACUGCUGCUUGGAGAAGGGGCUGUGACGGCCGUGGGUGCAGAAGUCGUUUGGGGUUCAACUCCUGUCCUGCUGCUGCCUCCUGGUGAAGGUCGAUUCGCUCUUUCGGGCAGAGUCCGGCGUGUUCCAGGAGACCCCACUCCCUGCUCGCUUGCAACAAGCUCACUCCGCUGUUGGAUGCCUGGCCGCCAGCACGGCAAAUGCACGCGCCCUGGGCUGGGGGCGGGCGAGCCAGCAGAGGCCGUGAGUUCCCACGGGACGGUCUGUGGGCGUCCGCUUGCCCGCGGCACACACCACCCCCGCCGCGUGCCCGGCCCCUCAGUGUACCCGCUGCGGCCAGGCUGCAGACGGGACCUGUCUGGCUGCUCCCGGGACCCUGGACGGGCAAUAAAUCCAGUGCUGCUUCCCCA